ACAGAGUAUGUUACUUUUCUAGAAGAUUAAAUACGUAAACAAUAAAUAAUCCAAACAUUGUUGGCUGCAGCAGCUGACAAUUAUUUAAUAAAUUAUAAUCACAGAAGCAUUUUUGUUUGAGUGCUUAAAUAUUGACAAUAAAUUAAAAUAUACAUAAUAAAUCUUUACAUGAUAUUGGUUUCCUAACCUCAAUAAAUUGACACGGAGUGUCAAUAUACAGUGCGGUGAUAGACAGCUUUAAAUAUGAUGUCCGAAACGUUUAAUCAUAAAUUAUUUUAUAACACGGUGUUGUCGCAAGCUUUUUCUCCAGAUGGAAAUUUUUUGGUGGCUGGAAAUAUUUAUGGAGACGUGUCAGUUUUCGAAUUAUCGAAAGCGCUGGGGCCCCAUAAAGUAGAGGAAAAUGAGCUGCAGGGGCCCACAUACCAAUUUGCUGCUCAUCCUAAUCAACAGGUAAUGAGCAUGGUAUCUACGGAAAAUUUCCUUGUAACUGGAAGCUCUGGAGAAGUGUGUGGAUGGAAUUGGAAGAUGGUUACGUCUAAUAAAGCGCCGAAGAUUAAAGUCUCAUGGACGAUUCAACUUCCCGUUAAUAAGGAUAGUUACGAGAAACCAGACGUAAACUACCUAGUAUACUCUAAACCGAACAAUGUGUUAUACGCCGGUUGUGGGGACAACCAUAUUUAUGUAAUUAGUCUGGAAGAUGGUAGAAUUAUAAGGAAUUUACAGGGACACACCGAUUACGUUCAUUGUCUCUCAUUGAUGGGUAGUCAAUUAGCGUCAAGUGGAGAAGAUGGAACAGUGAGGCUGUGGGAUCUACGUAAAAAAGAGAACACUAAUAUUCUAACUCCACAUUUGGUAGAAAAAGUUGCGCGACCGUGGUUGGGCAAAUGGAUCGGAGCGAUAGACUUCACCGACGACUGGCUCUUAUGCGGAGGCGGACCGAGUCUAUCGUUAUGGCAUAUGCGUACGAUGGAAGCAGCCACCGUAUUCGACUUACCGGACGAAGGUAUUCACGUGGCAAAUAUAUACGAGGAACGCGUGAUAGCUGCUGGAACAGCACCCCAUGUCUACCAUCUAACGUAUCAAGGAGAAACGUUAGCCAAAGUGCCGACCUCCAGCUACACGGUGUACAGCAUAGUUUACCAAGAAACACCGCAGAAGAUGCUCAGCAUAGGCGGCUCCUCGAACAACCUCGACGUGUGCACGAACUUUAAUUAUCGCGAACUGAUGCUGAAGUUCGAGUAACGAAGCACCCGACAGAAUUACAUUCCUUCAUCGAACGCAGGAGAGGAGGGCCUCGUUGCAUUUAUCACGCGAGGAUACGCUCCCAUGAAACAUCUCUUGGCGUCGAAUGAACAUGUACAAACAAACAUGACUAUAGAGGCUCUGCCGACCGUUUACAAUGUUAGGACCAACAACAGGGGUUGUUAACAGUAUAUCGCUGGAAUAUACGCUGAUACAUGGAACGAUCACAGAAAACCGUGGCCAGCGAUCACUGCAGCGUUCGCCGCUGCCCUAAGGUACAAUCUGUCCACGCUGCGUUCCCCGCAGGCUGACACGGCGUCCCUGGAGCCUCGUCUUACCCUCGAGCUUCUGCCACGGCCGCCGCACUCGGAUCUGGUGUCCCUCAGUUUCUCUGUAUCAGUCAUGUUACCUGGAUAAACGUCUCGAAUCAAUUAGC